AUGUUGGCCACGGAAAUCUGGCCUUCGGCGUGCAUUCCUCCCAACACCCUCAUCCUCAUAUUUCCCUUUUUUUUUCUCCCUCAGAUCCGCUUGGUUCGUGGAGAGUUCGUGGAUGAGUCAGGCUGCCCCGUUCCAGACUGGAUCGGGUUCAUCCGCGCCGCCAGGAACAGCCAAGAGCAAAACCUGGAGGCCGUGUCGGACUUACCUGGCGGACAGAUUUUCUACCGCGUCCUGAGAGAAAUCCCAGCCGGAGAGGAGCUCACUGUCUGGUACUCCAACGCCCUGGCCCAGUGGUACGACGUACCCACCACGGCCACUCCCACGCACGACGAGAAAGGUGAGGAGCGUUAUAUCUGCUGGUACUGCUGGAGAAUAUUCAAAUACCCGAAUACACUCAAGGCCCACGUCCACUUCCACUGCGCCCUGAGCAACGGGAGGGGGUUUGUGAACAGCGAGCAGGCCAGAGGCACCGAGACAUUCAGCAGGUCACCAAAAUCUGGAGACAUCCCCAACACCUCCACCUCUCCGAGGAGCAGUCACAGUAACUCCAUUUCAGACUCUGGCAGGAGGGCAGUGUCUUCCUCGCCAUUUUUAAACAAGUCGGGACUGUCUAAGAAAGGCAGCUCCGAGGAGCAGGACAGGGCCCUCGAUAUGAGCGUUACCUCUGCCAGAAAUCAGGGACAUCUCCUUAGUCUGGGCGCCACAUCGUCAGUGCUGAGCAGCAUGGGAUUUCAUCCGGGUGUGCGCUCUGCCUUUAAACCGACCGGCGUCUCCAAAGUGCCGGGCUCGGACGCAUCCAGAGAGGAAGCCAACGGGAAGCUGAGCGGCCUCGGUUUCAGCAAACUCAUUGGGAACAUGAAACCAAUUCGCGGCGUUGGCGAGGGCCUUAACGGUGGAGGGAGCGUGCCUCCCAAGUGCGCACCCGCAAUUAUGGACUCCACCUCUCCGAUGGUGCCAUGCACAAACGCUAUCCGAGGGUUCCCGUUGCUUCCACACGUGGAGGAGACUUCAGCGUUUAAGCACGUCGAGAGCCGGAUGCACUCAGGUCUGUCCCCGUCUCGCUACCCCCAGAUGGCACCCGGUCUCCAUUUUGAAAGGUUCUCAAUCCCUCACUUCGACGGUGUCAAGACUUAUGGUGGCGACUGUAACAUCCCACUGAUGCCAUUCACGGUCUAUAACGGGGAGCUUUUAUAUAGCUCUCCCUAUUAUCCACUGAAAUUCCACUUUAGUAACCUCCUCAAGUACCCAGAAUCCAUGUCCUACUUCGGCGCUCCUUCCCUGAGCCAAGACCUGGGCUCAAUCACAAACAUCGACCGGGAGAUCGCCAUGCACACGCAACAGCUGUCUGAAAUCGCCGCGGAGAAGAACCGGACGAGGCUGGACACCAUGCCCACCGGGAGCGCCAGCAACACCGGGUCUGGGAAACCCAAAAAGGGACACCUGUGUUUGUAUUGUGGCAAACUGUACUCGAGGAAAUACGGCCUGAAAAUCCACAUGAGGACUCACACAGGUUACAAGCCGCUCAAGUGCAAGGUGUGCUUCAGGCCGUUCGGGGACCCCAGCAACCUGAACAAACACAUCCGGCUCCACGCCGAGGGAAACACGCCCUACAGGUGCGACUUCUGCGGAAAGGUGCUGGUGCGCAGGCGGGACCUGGAGAGGCACGUCAAGUCCAGACACCCCGGCCAGACCGUCAAGAAACUGGACGACAAACCGGGGGGGCUGUUUGAGGACGCGGAGCAAAAGAGCGACAAUGACAGCGACGUGGACGUGUGCUUCACCGACGACCAGAGCGACCAAGAGUCGAGCAAAAACAAUGACUGAGACGUUUUCAUACUCGCAGAGAGACUGUUCACCUGUAAACGAGUCAUUUAGUCUUGUAUGAAGCCUUGUAUCUUAAGUUUUUAGCCAAGCGUCUGAAUGCCUCCAAGAUCUCCAAACGCUGUGAUCACUUUUCACGUUUAGAUCAGUUGAAAUAUUGCUUUUUGGCCUCCAAAUAAAUAUAUUUCCAUGGCAUAUUCGGUGAAAAAAAAAAGAGAUCCAAUUUGGGCAUACACAUAUGCGUUGGGGGAAAAAAGACUUUUGGUUGUUAGCCUCAAUAAAUAGGCAGGCAAAUGUUCAGUGUCUUGCUCAAGGACACCUUUGCAGAGAAAAAAAUGAAUAAAUUGUGGCUGAUGCGUUUUGGGCACACUCAACCAAACAGCGGUAGUAAACACCAACGAUAACGCCUGUCAGUGGUGUUGCAGUCAUUUUCGUUAGUUUCUAAAGCAAAUUGCCCCCAUUCUUCUUUGAAUUGAACGGGGAGAGAGAAAAAGAGAAAAACUGUCUUUGUUCACUGCGUCCGAAAAAAAAGGAAAAAAAAUCUCCAUCAAGUCGCCGCACACAAAACGAAGAACAAUGACGCAGCCUCACACAGCAAAAACAAAAGCUGUCAGCGCCGAAUACGAGACGACACGACUUCAAGAACAUCUUCGCAGUGUAAAGGAAGAAAAAAAAAAAAAGAAAAACAAAAAACAAAAGUAACACGACUAUCUUUUGUGUUUCCCCCAGAAAGGAUUUAUGGGUUUGGAAAAAAAAAGCUCAGCUAUAGGCCUGAUGGAAAAAGAGAGUGCACUGCAUGCCAUCAGACUGGUUGAGGACACAUUACGAGCUUCAAAAGAAAACAAAUCUUUUGUAUUUUGCUUUUUUUUUAAUGUAGUGGAUAAUAUCCCCACGCUCCCGUAAACAGUCAGUUGCACUUUAAAAACAGCAAUGGGCAUUUCAUCUCGACCAAGCGGUUGCAAAAAAUGAUCAUGGUAAUGGAACUUAACUCCCCACCACCCCUCUGCGCAUUUACCGAGUAACACACUGUACUACUUUAAAUUUGCACUUUCCUGCCGAGGCCCGCUGUUCUCAAAGAAGCAGCCAGCAGCGUCCAGUUUAUUUAAGGAAUUAAUUCUAGAAAGAGAGAAAGAAAAUGUACUGAUUGCAGUUAUAGCCUAUGUAAAUGUAAAGAAGUUGUAAAGUAUGAUAUUUCGCAUUUCAGUGGAGAAGUGUUGUUUGUAUAUAAGUGGCAUUGUCUGUGGGGACAAUAUUAUACUCCUGUUAAUUAAGUCGUUGGUUUUUGAAUAAAUUUAAUUUAAGUAUCAAAAAAAA